AAGGGAGGGGCUGCCUAGUCCUCGCGAGGCUUUGUUCUCGCGGAGGUGGCGGCGGCCGGCCGGCCGGUGGGGAUGCGCUCGGAAGAGGGGGCCGGAGGCUUGGGCGCAGCCCUGGCUGCGCGGGGCCCGAGCUGGAGGGAGAAACUAUCGAGCUCAGAGACCCACUGCCGCCGCGAAUCGCCGCGGAAGGAGUCUGCGGCGCCGCCCGCCCCGACCCUAAGUGAGAGCGGGCCCGGCAAGCCUCGCGAGGAGAAGAGGACGGCCCUGAGCAAGGUGGUCCUCCGGCGUCUGCCCCCGGGCCUCACCAAAGAGCAGCUGGAAGAGCAACUGCGCCCCCUGCCGGCGCACGAUUACUUCGAGGUGGUGGCUGCGGACCUCAGCCUUUAUCCUCAUGUCUACUCCAGAGCAUACAUUAAUUUUAGGAACCCUGAUGACAUCCUGCUGUUCAGAGACCGUUUUGACGGCUAUAUCUUCAUUGGCAAUAAAGGCCUGGAGUAUCCUGCUGUGGUGGAGUUUGCUCCAUUCCAGAAGAUCGCCAAAAAGAAGCUGAAGAAAAAAGAUGCCAAGACUGGAAGCAUUGAAGAUGACCCAGAGUAUAAACAGUUCCUCGAGUCGUACAGCCUGGAGGAGGAGAAAACCAGCGCUAGUCCCGAGACGCUGCUGGGAGAGAUAGAAGCCAAGACGAGAGAGCUCCUGGCCAGAAGGACCACCCCUCUUUUGGAAUAUAUUAAAAAUAGAAAAUUAGAAAAGCAGAGACUCCGGGAAGAAAAACGCGAGGAGCGGAGGAGGAGGGAGCUAGAAAAGAAGCGUCUGCGGGAAGAAGAGAAAAGGAAGAGGAGAGAAGAGGACCGCUGUAAGAGGAAGGAGGCGGAGAAGCACAAGAGAGCGGAGAAGGAUGUGAGGAUCAAGCUUCUUAAAAAACUGGAAACGGGAGAAGAAGUGACCACAGAGAAACCCAAAGAAAGAGGUGAAGAGGUGGUAGCGAGCCAGCCGGAGACAGCUGGGGAGAGGCUUCAGGAUGCCAGUGAUAAAGAGCCAAGGGACAAGAGAUCUCGAGAGAAAGACCCGGAAACUUCAAGAUGUCAUCCGGACACCUGCAGGAAGCACAGCAGUCAUUCAGAGUUUGCCAGGUUCUCCAGAAGGAAUGAAGACGAGGCAAAGUGGGGGAAAGGCUUCGCCCAGGACAGAGGGAAGAAGGGCCAGGAUGGCAGUGUCCCCGUGGACGUGGCAGAGAGAAGCAGCAAGGAACACAAGGAGUAUGACAGCCUGGGGCCAAGAAAGGAUCGCCUGGGACACAAGGCCCAGUAGACCACGGGCCAUCGUCCCUGUUGAUGUGCUCUGCAGCCACACAGCCAUGUUCCCCGGGUAGAAAUCCUUACGAAGCCAGAUAAGAACAAUCUGCCUUGUGUUUGUAGGUCUAGAGUUGUACUCUGUCUAUGUCAGCCCAUGUGGGCUGAAUUGCAAAGUCCAUACCUUCUAGAGUGUUCUUGCUCAUCUGGGAUGCACUAAACUUGGAACUAAAUUCAGAAUAAAACAUUCCAUCAUCUUUUUAAAGAA